GAAGCAGUCAGUGACAGACCGUCGACGAUAUCAUGUUCCAUAUACGUCGUGACCUUUUCGAAUAAAUGGGAGCUUUGACCUAUGACUCAAGGUGAAUCAAUUCGGUGACAUUGAGACUAGGUCUACAAUAUGUGUGCGGCUCCGCCAUAGAAAAGUAUCCGAAAAGUCUCCCUGGAGGACAAAAAUUCGUGCACUAGAAUAGUAGCAUCUCCCGAGAAGUUCCCGGCAUGAGAUAUAAGUAAAAAACCCUGAACUCGAUGAAAGACCCAGCACAGAAUUCCCAGAUCAUCACAACAGCAUCAAAGACUCAAAUCAACCAAUGCUUGGAGAAACUGGCAUCUGCCCGACAAACAUCUCACAGACAGUUGCCCAAUCACUGUUUCCUCACAACCCCUUCACCUACAGCCCUCAAACCCCAAUCGUACCCAUCAUGGCGGCCAUGAGCGACAACACCGCCGCCAACAAGAAGCACUGGGAUGUCAAGGCAGCCACGUACGAGACUGACCCCAAGUGGGAGAAGUCCAUGGCCCAACUCAUCGCCGCCGUCGAGGAGCGACGGGACUUUAUCGGCGUGAGCUGGGCAAGGAAAGGAGAGUCGGACAGGACAGUCAGGAUGAUCGACUAUGCCUGCGGUCCGGGGACGAUAUCUAGGGCCUUGCAUCCAUACGUCACCCAGUGCCGCGGCGUAGACCUGUCGACCAACAUGGUGGCUCAGUACAAAGCGCGAGCAAAGGUCGAGGGCUUGACGCCCGAGCAAAUGGAUGCCUUUGAAGGCAACAUCUUGGACGACGACGGCGCGGCGCUGUCGGACCCCACGCUCCGGGACGCCGACCUGGCCUGCGUCAGCAUGGCGAUGCACCACAUGGACGACCCGGCGCGCGUAGCCCUCAAGCUGGUAGAGCGCCUGCGGCCGGGCGGCGUGCUCUUCGUCAUUGACUUUGUGAGGCACGAGGUUCCCGGCGGCGGUUCGGGGGCCGAGCACGGUGGCCACCACCACCACCACCACCACCAUCAUCACCACGGCGGUCAUGGACAUGGUCACGGGCACAGUCACGAUGGCCACGGGCAUGGGCACGAGAAGCAGCAGCAGGAAGGAGCGGGAAUGGGAGAGGUCUUUGACGCGACGCCCACCAUUGCGCACAACGGCUUCUCCCCGGAGCAGGUCAGGGAUAUGUUUGAACAGGCGGGAGCUGGAGACGACUUUGCCUUUGAGCUGGUCGAUAGUGUGGAGAUGCCGGCCUCCUCCACGGUCAAGCCGGUCAUCUUUUUCGCUAGGGGGACCAAGAAGGCCGCUGCCUCUCUAUGAGCGGUGUAGGGCGGGGGACCAGAAAUAGUGGUUUACCAUAUAUGGAUCUCCUUUCAGUGCAAAAGUCUCACAAAGUAUCGAGACCUUAGGUUGUUUUAGACUGUUAUCCAACCAAGGUCGAGUUGCCGAUGCUCAUGCACCAUCGUGGCACAGCCUCUCGGAUGAUUUGUUUAUAGAAUAUGAUCCCAAAGUCUGACCGCAUCAAACAACCAUUUGGAGAGCAAAGAUAUGCGCCACGGCUGGAAUCAGGCUGGUCGAAAAUCGACGAACUGUGACCUGUGGUUUACCGCCCACACACCCCCUCCAGUCCAAACUUGUAAUCAA